AUGCAAUAUUCCCUGAGUGUAGACUCUGAGGUUCAGUUGAUGCACCCAAGCUCCAUCCGAAGUGUUCCAGACAUGAUAGCCCUUGGAGAACUCAACGAAUGCAGCAUUUUGCGAAAUUUGUUUCUCCGCUACAAAGAUAAUCAAAUUUAUACCUAUACCGGUUCCAUUCUGAUCGCCAUCAAUCCGUAUCAUUCGCUGCCCAUAUAUACAACGGAAAUCAUGAAAAAGUACACAAACAAGAGUAUAGGCGAGCUUCCCCCCCACCUCUUCGCUAUCGGCGACAACGCGUUUCGCAAUAUGCGCCUCAACUCUCGUGACCAAUGUAUCAUCAUAAGUGGUGAAAGCGGAGCUGGCAAGACAGAGAGCACAAAGUUGUUGCUUCAGUUUAUCACUACAGUCAGCGGGCAGGAGUCUUGUAUCGGCCAACAAAUCCUCGACUCAAACCCAAUUAUGGAAGCCUUCGGCAACGCCAAAACAGUACGUAAUGAUAAUUCGUCGCGAUUUGGCAAGUACGUGGACAUCCACUUUGACCAAAAUUCCGGUCACAUUGUGAGCGCCCAUAUUGAGCAGUACCUUCUUGAGAAAUCGCGUAUCGUGAGGCAGGCCCCUGGUGAAAGAAAUUACCACGCCUUCUAUUGCAUGCUUGCUGGAAUGCCCGAGGAAGAAAAGCGUCGUCUUGGCCUUAAAGAAGCGGAAUGCUACAAUUAUUUGGUUCAGGAUAACAACACAUUAUCCGACAUUUCCAAUGAUGCAGCCCAUUAUGAAAACAUAAUUUCGACAAUGCGCCACCUCAAGUUUACUGAUAACCAAAUCGAAGAAACCUGGCACUUACUUGCGGCAAUACUGCAUCUAGGCAACAUUUCCUUUUGUGACAUUCUCAAGGAAAGUACAGACGCGAGCAAAGUAAAGGAUUGUCACCGCUCCGAACUUCGCUUCGCUUCCAAUUUGCUUGGGGUGAGGAUGUGCAGAAUGGCACUUUUUAAAACAAAUGCCUACGCCGUUCGAGACGCCUUUGUCAAGACGAUCUACGAUCAUCUCUUCUGCUGGAUCGUGGAGAAGAUCAACGCGGUCAUCUACAAGCCAGUGAAGGGGUCUUCGCUGUCAGCUGCCAGUUCGGCGCCAGACGUUCGCCCCACCAGUCACUCCCCCCCAGCCUUUGCUUCCAGUCACCUGCAGACCCCUGUGGAGUGGUUGUCUCAGGGUCGGUGGCGUGCUGACCUUGUUACCCGUUCAAACACCUGUGCCAGCAUCGAUACGCUUGGCUCUAGCCCCCUCGCCAUUCGCAGUGGGCGCGAUUUCAACUUCCAUCAGAACUACACUGCUGGGAUUGGACGAGUUUCAAUUGGUGUUCUAGACAUAUUUGGAUUCGAAAAUUUUAGCACUAAUAGUUUUGAGCAGCUGUGCAUCAACUACGCGAACGAGAAUAUCCAGCAGUACUUUGUGCGACACAUUUUUAAACUGGAACAGGAGGAGUACCUGACAGAGGGCAUAAACUGGACCCACAUAAAGUUUCAGGACAACCAGGAAGUCCUAGACUUGAUAGCAUAUCACCCCCUCAAUAUACUGGCACUCGUUGACGAGGAAAGCCGAUUUCCUCGCGGCACCGAUGAGAGUUUCCUCAACAAACUCAAUGCUCGGCACUCCUCUACACCCAACUAUAUCCGCUCCGUGUCAACGGCAGAGACGAGAUUUGGUAUUAUGCACUUUGCUGGGCCCGUGUUUUACGAAGUUGAAGGUUUUUUGGAGAAAAACAGAGAUACCUUCAAUCACGAUUUGUUGGACGUCAUAAGCACAUCGAAUAACACUUUCCUUCGAGAACUCUUCGAGAAACGUUUAAACUCGAAGGAAAGUCGAACGCGUUCACUAACUCUUGGUAUGCAGUUCAAGAAUUCACUGGACCGCUUAAUGACCUUAAUUAAUAGCCGUCACCCUUUCUUCGUGCGCUGUAUCAAGCCCAAUGAGUUCAAAUUGGCCAACUGUUUCGAUCGAAACUUGUGUGUACGUCAACUCCGCUACUCCGGCAUGAUGGAGACCAUCCAGAUCCGCAGUCUAGGCUACCCCAUUCGUUAUGAAUUCCAUGACUUUGUACUGCGCUUUUACAUGAUCCCGCGCCUGCCCUUGGGUGCCACCUCGCCCCUCAAACAAUCCCAGCCCAAUGCUAUUAAACAACUAGCGAUUGAUAUUUGUCGGACAGCGUUCGGCACCAAUGACCCCAACUAUGCCAUCGGUUCAACGAGGGUCUUUUUACGGAAUACACAUGACGUGAAGCUUGAGGAGUUGCGUGAGAACGUGAUCAAUUCCAGUGCAGUCCUCAUUCAAAGUCGAUGGCGAGGUGCAAUGGCUCGAAGUAGAUACAAAAGCCUGAGAAAGUCCACCAUUUUCUGCCAAAGACGCUUCCGACAGCUUGCUGCCAGGCGAAGGUUUUUGAGGGUAGCUGUGAAAUUCAUAAUCAUUCGGAUGCAAGCAAAUGUUCGGGCGAAGCAGGUUCGAAAGCGGUAUGUCGCGCAGAAAUAUUUUAUCCUCCGACUACAAUCGCUUGCGCGUUGUUGGCUCUCCAAGCAGUCUCUGUACAGCUUGAUGCGGACGAAAGGCUACUUUGCCGCCGAUAUGAUCAAUCACUGCGACGAACAUACGAAAGUGUAUACCUGCGAGACUGACUUAAUCGAGGACGUCCUCCUGCGAAAUCCUAUGUACGCUACUUGGAGCUGCGCCCCGCUCCCAGAAAACACCGCCCACAUGACCGGUUUGGCCACCAACGUACCGGAGAAAUGCGAGAUCCGACAGUUUUCGGUGUCACUGGAAAGCAAAAUACUGAGUCCCACGAAAGUGGCCCAUUCACAGGCCUUUUCGGACCUUGAUAGCCUGGUUGACGCCAUUUUCGAUGGAGUUUUUGACUCGGUGAAUCCAGCAAAGCGAGGACAAUCAGAUAAGAAUACAACAGCCGGUGGCAGUAUCCAAAUUAAAGAGGAUCGUUGUCUGAAUCCCACCGAUUCAGUAGCUGUAAACGAGUCCCUCGAUGAGGCGAUGACUGGGGAGCUUUCCGCUGUGCCUGGCACCGGAGUGGGUGUAGGCAGUAAACGGUUUAAAGCGCGGUGCCCUGUUCUACUUUCCCCACCUCAUUCCAACGACGGUGUGGAGUUGACCCAUGCAUCCGCAGGCCAACAUACCCUCUGUGCACCUGGGUCUACCACUGGCUUCUCAGAGGCCGGCUCCGAGUAUGAACAAAGCAUGGGCGCAUCAACUGCUCUCGAAGACCACUCAACACAGAGUGAAUGCAGCUUCUUCAAAUUUGCUGCAGCCUACUUCCAGACGGGUUCCUCGGCGACCUACACUUCUUCUCGGCUGAACAGACCUUUGUUUAAACACCGAAAUCAACAUGACCAGUCGCUGGCAUUGGACAUAUUUAGCAAAAUUAUGUCAUUUAUGAAGCCGAAGAAUGCGGCGGAUGAGGGCAAAUUGGAAUCCACAACAACGAUGAUGAAUGAAGGGCGGUCUGGUGCCACUGACGUGUCAGGCACGAGCACGUGGGCUCCACACUCGAGCUCCAAGCGUCCACGGGUGGUACUCUCUUCAACCAACGGCAGCACCCACGAUAUCCCACUCACUGAUGAUUCCGACAGUGUCGUUGGGAAUGGUCAGUCGACCUAUACCACCACCGUGAAGAUUCGCCGUGAUUCUCAAGCUGUCCUGCUCUCGGAGUUGUGCAAGGUGCGAUUCAUUGUUGGAGCGGGUAUAGAUCAUCCGCAAAUGCGCGACGAGAUUUACUGCCAAAUUCUCAAACAGAUUACCAAAAACCCCUGCGUUUACAGCAGGACCAGAGGUUGGAUUCUGCUAAUACUAUGCGCGAGCUGUUUCCCCCCAAUACACUUUGAUAGCGCGCUCAAGUCGUACUUGAAGUCGAACCCUUCUACCUACUCGAAGACCUGUCUAAAACGCCUCAGCCGUAUCUACCAGACUGGAGUGCGAUCGAAGCCACCAAGCUAUAUGGAAUUGAAAGCUGCAGAGGAGAGAAAAAGCCUCAUCGUCAACAUCCUCUGUGCUGAUAACGGCCGAAUAAAGGUCAAGGUUGACCCAACCGUCACUGUACAAGAACUUAGCAGUAUGGCGUUCAGUGCGGCGUCGAUUAAGGACACAUUUGGAUUCGAGAUAUUCAUCAACAUAUUUGAUAAGUCCUACGCUUUGGCAAUGGGGCCGAACCACCUAUUUGACACCAUAUCCUUCUGUGAGGAACACGCGAAGAAAAACGGCGUGAGGGAGUCUGACCUUCCGUGGUCGUUUAUCAUACGCAAGACCAUCUUCGCACCAUGGCACGAUGUCACUUUUGAUCCUGUGGCGACUUCUCUCAUUUGCUAUCAGGUCACCCAACAAUGCUUUACUGAAGCCCACGAAACCCUGGAGGAGCACGAAUUGGCCUACUUAAUGGCCAAUAUAUAUCGACUCCUACAUGCGGAUAUGCUUGAGGUAAAAAGCUCAAAUCUUUCACCCGAUUCGGGCCACCUGGAUCUCCAUUCCUGGCUCACUCAGAUUCUGAGCCCUGGUUGCGAUAUCUCCUACUGGCAAAAAGUCAUGAGUACAGCACUUCAUGAACUCCACACUCGAUCGCCGGAUGCUACGAUUGGCGCAACGUGUCAGAAUAUCGUAACAUUUGCAAAACUCCAAUGGCCAAGUAUUUUUGCCCGGGAGUUCGAAACAAUCUUCCUCCAAGGGAACUGUCGCGUACAGCAAGUCCUUCUCUGUGUCGACUGUUACGGAAUCCAACUUUUGAGCGAAAAACGGGCUCUUCUCAAUUCAUUCCCCUUUGUGGAGAUAUACACGGUAUCUGUCAGUUCAGCUACCCAACAGCCGAUGAAGGUCAUCUCAGUUAAGACCAUUUGGAUGAAGGAAUAUCGCUUCCUAUCCAGUCGUGCAGCUGAACUGAUGGACCUUCUAACGUAUAUGCUCACUGGACUAAGACAGCGCUCUCGUUAUGCUAUUGCAAUCAAAAAUUCUCCUCAGGGUGAAUGUCGUGGCAAAUCCAUGAUUCGCGUUAACGCUGGUGACUACCUAAUACUGCACCAGCUGGGCUGGGAGUUGGAUCAGAAGACACCGUUAAUCGGCUACCCGACACCGUGCAAGUCUGCGCACUUCAUUCCCCAAAAAGAUACCGACACCUCAAUUAGUUGUUACGGUGAGAACCAGCGCACUUGGGAGACGGGUUACGUUCCCAUGACUAGCAUCUACAUCCUCCCCAGUGUUAAUCCUCCAAAGCCAGAAUUUAUUGACGCCUUAUCCUAUCAGAUUAUUUCGUCAGAGAAUAAACAUUGGCUCAACAUGGUGGACGAUAUUAAUUCCCAACGCUCGCGCCCACCUGCCACUUACUUUCAGAGAAGACCGGCCAGUCAGAACGACGCAGCCUUGAGUCACAAUGGAUUUUUCGCUGUUGACGACCUGACUGAAAAUUGUUCGCAUCGGCCAGUGUCACAGUUCUCGGAUCUCGAAGCCUCUUCGAAGACUAUGUAUGUCAAUACCCAGUUUCUCAUGCCACUCUUGUCAAUGCAGUAUUUGCUUUCUACCUAUGGCGACUCGACAGCGACAGAAAAACAGAUCUCACUUAAACACACCCGUCUUCCGCUUAAGAAGCCCUUUUUGCGUGAAGUCGCAUCAGCCGACAGGAAAAUCCUCGAUGCUGCUCUUUUCUCUUUCUGCAUCAUUCAAACUUACAUGGGAGACUGUGAAAAAAUACCACCACAACUCAAAAAUAUGCCUCCAGUAUUCCUGACGGACCUUCUUUUCGGAUCAGCUCUGGAUUGCCCUCUGCUCAGAGAUGAGGUCUUUAUUCAAAUUAUGAACCAGUUGACGGGUAAUCCGAAAAGAACAAGCGAAAGCAAGGGAUUAGAGCUGCUUUGGCUGGCAACAGGUAUAAUGGUGCCUUCGGAGAAAAUUAUGAACAAGUUGGUCUCGUUCCUGCACCGUUCGCCCCACCUACUGGCGUCCCAGUGCUAUGUUCGGCUUCAUCACACCUUAAGCCGUGGGAUGCGAAAGAAGCCCCCGCACACCCUUGAGGUUGCUGCCAUACGUGGAAAGAAACCCAAGAUUUUGCAGAAAAUUAUACUCCCAAAUGAAGUUUCCUUGAUGGCAACACUGGAGUCGACAACAAGGGCUGCGGACGUGGUACGAGACGUGGUUCGCAGGUUUUGUUUGGCCUCAGUGGAACACUUUGCCCUCUACAUAGAGGUAGACGGCGAACUUCGUUGCAUCAAACCCGAAGAAUUUGUACUCGAUGCUCUAAGGUUAACAAUGCCUGAAAUUCCACAGCAGAUCUCUCUGAAACGCCACAUGACCUUUCCUCCACCAAGCUCUCUGUAUUUCAUGCGAAAGCUUUGGCUGAACUUUAUUCCGGGCCAGGAUCCUAUUGAAGACAGACAAAUCAACUUUCCGCAGGCAAUGAAGAAUUUCCUUAGUGGCUAUUACCAAUGCUCACCAGAACAGGCGCUUGAGCUAAGCACCCUCAUAUUUAUUUGGCACAGCGAAGAAUUCCCUAAUUCCCAAAUUUCGCUCAAUAAACUUCUUCCAAAGAACAUGCUUUCGAAUGUUACCGAGGCCCAGUGGAUUUCGAAACUGACAGCGGUCGUCAACGCAAACCGCCGACUAAGCCGGAAUGAUAUACCAGCCAACUUUUUGGCGUGUCUUUCCAAGGUGUCAACCUUCGGCUCCUCCUUCUUCCACGUUAUGCCUAAUUCAUCCACCGACACUUGUCUCAUGAUUGUGAACAGUUCUAGUGUAUCCCUCGUCGAUGACAAGAAAGGGAUUUACGAGGGCGAGAGAUGCCGCUACAGUGUCAAAGACAUAGCUGAGUGCUGGCAAGAUAACCAGAUCAUCAACUUCCAGCUCCGCAAAACCAGCUCUGUGAAUAAGUGGGUCAGUUCUGUGACAACCGCCCACAAUGCAUGCGAUCUCAUCAAUUGCUACCUCCGUUGUGAGAAGCCCAAUUCUUUAAAGCCGUGA